AUGACCUCCACAAAUAAAGCGAUUUACAUCGGGCCGCAAAAUGAGUUGUAUGCUACAGAAUACAACAAUCUCUAUGAGCCAGCAGAUAACCAAGGCCUGGUUCAGGUGCAUUAUUCUGGCAUCAAUCCUGCUGAUCUGAAGCAUGGAAUCGAUUUUAGGAUGAAUGACCACAUUUCUGGCUACGAGUUCAGUGGCACGAUUGUCAAAGCUGGACCGGGAUUUCCCUACGCGGUCGGAGACGAGAUCUUUGGCUCAAAGAGGAUGGGAUUGGGUUCGGAAUUCGGAGCGCAUCAAGAUUGGCUGCUUGCGCAGGGAAACUCGCUGAUUGCCAAACGACCACCCACACUUCCAAAGGAGGCGGCGGCGGUUAUGUCAAUUGUGGUGAGGACUGCGGCUGAUGCCUUAUUUAAUAUCUUGGGGAUUCCUUUUGCCGAGAUUAAGGCACCAGGAAUGCAAACUAAGAGCGGCAUCCUGAUCUGGGGAGGCGGUAGUGCAGUGGGCUGGGCAGCAAUACAACUCGCAAAGGCUGCAGGCAUCAGCCCUAUCAUUACUACAGCAUCUUCUUUUCACCAUCAAACGCUCAAGGAUCUGGGUGCAACACACUGCUUCGACUACCGGGAUGAUGAUGUGGUCACAAAGAUCCAGACUGCUAUUGAUCAAUCUGGUCAGCCAUUGAAGUUCAUCUUCGAUUCAGUAUGCACAAAGGGACAAGCAUCCUCGGUAUCAAGGUGUGAUGCACUCAACACUGCGCCGGACGCUAUUUUUACUGGGACUUUGCCGGUACGCAGUGACAAAAAUAAGUGGAUAUUUUGUUUGGCCGCUCGGGCCUGGGAUGUGCCCCUGCCUCCACCUUUAGGUCCUAUCUUUGCGAACAAGGAAUCGGAAUCACGCUUGAUUGAAACAGUCUCUUGGGUAGCUGAAAACUACGGUGAACGCUUUCGAAUCCCGAAUCUGAGAGUGAUUGAAGGAAUCGAGCAAGGAAUCGAAACAAUCAAGGCUUCAGGUGAAGGGAGGAUCAGUUUCGAGAAGGUCGCGAUCAAGCACCCGUUUUGA